GCCGCGCGCAUCGCGGCAUUAGCGACCGCCAGGAACGCAGAACAGACGCGCAACACGCAGCUCCAUGGAUCUGUGACAAUGGAAUACAUCGGGCUCCUGUUUACUGUAGUGCUACUAACUGCGUACCAACCAGGGUGGGCGGGGCCUGUGAUUUCCCCUGGGGGGCCCCACUUGGUGGUUCUCAUUAAUGCCCCUGUGAGGCUGAGUUGCCGUGGCGAUGGGCUGCGGUGGUUCCGGGAGGACCGGCCCAGGAGGAAGCUGAAGGCGGAGGAAGACGAUGGCGGUGUGUCACGCCUGUACAUCCCCAAAGCACAGAGCCAAGACAUGGGCCGCUACAUCUGCCACAGCGACCGCUCGGGCCUGCACAGCGCCAUCUACAUCUACGUGAAGGACCCAGAGAACGUCUUUAAAAAGGUGAUGGUGCCGGACAUCCUGGCCAAGGUGGGGGAGAGCAGCACCAUCCCGUGCCUGGUGACAGACCCCAGCGUGAGCGACCUGCGGCUGGAGACGUGCCAGGGCCACGCCCUCCCCACGGGCCUGCAGUACAGCGCCAGCGCCGAGCGCGGCGUCAACAUUAGCAACACGCGCAAGGCCUUCCAGGGCUGCUAUACCUGCACAGGCAGGCUGGACGGGGCCCCUGUCAGAUCGGCUAACUUCACUCUCACCGUUCGUUUGGCUCCGGACCAGCUUCCUGUGGUCAGUCUCUCGGACAGCCAGAUAAUUCUCACCAAAGGACAGGUGCUGACAAUGACCUGCAGCACCACCAACGUCAAUGACGACUUCGAUUUAACCUGGAUUUCACCUAGAGACACAAAGCCGUUGUUGGAGAAGUGGACCCAGAUUCUGACAGAGCCCAUUGUCUACGUGAAGAGCGUGUCCCUGCUCAUCUCCUCUGUCAGGGUGGAAGAUUCCGGAACCUACCUGUGCAAGGCCUGGAACGAGAGAGGGGUCAACAGCGCCUAUGCCCUGCUGGACAUCCGUGAGAAAGGCUUCAUUGCCCUGGAAGAGGUGCAGAACAGCACUGUUCAUGUUAACGCGGGGGAGUCUCUCUCUCUCAGGGUGGAGCUCCAGGCAUACCCUGCCCCCAGCACCCUGUCCUGGGCCUACAUGGGCCACACCCUGCAGAACACCUCUGACCACAUCAUCACCACCCAACACCUGGGUUACAGGUAUAGCAGCGAGCUCAAAUUGGUGCGUCUGAAAGCUUCAGAGGGCGGAGUCUACACCUUCUCCACUUCCAACACAGACGCUUCAGCCAAUCAGUCCUUUGCUGUCCACGUCAUCAGUAAGCCACUGAUCAUUUCCCAUGAGGGUCCUGUGGAUGGGCAGGUGCGUUGUGUUGCCGAGGGAUACCCCACCCCUGAGAUCACCUGGUUCUACUGUGACCAACCUCAUACCAGGUGUUCUCACCUGCAGAACGCCACUCAGGAGCAGGGCGUUUCCACGGUGACGGUGUCCAGCCCAGACUUUGGCCGCAGGGCGGUGGAGAGCCGCGUGAACGUCAGCCGAGGAGCCUUCCACACGCUGGAGUGUGUGGCCACCGCCGAGGGGGAGCAGGCCUACACACUCUUCUCCAUUGGCGAGCGCACAGUCCCACACCAGCUCUUCAGGCCCAUGCUGAUUGGCUUUGUGUCAGCCGCUGCUGUGCUGGCCAUCUUUCUGGUGCUGUUGUUCUACAAGUACCUGCAGAAACCCAAGUAUCAGAUCCAGUGGAAGGUAAUUGAGGGUAUCCAUGGCAACAAUUAUGUUUACAUUGACCCCACCCAGCUGCCAUAUGACCAUCAGUGGGAGUUUCCACGAGACAAACUUCGCUUUGGGAAAACGCUGGGCUCUGGAGCCUUCGGGAAGGUGGUGGAGGCCACAGCCUACGGCAUGUCCAAGGCGGACUCCGUGAUGACCGUCGCGGUGAAAAUGCUAAAACCGAGUGCGCACGCUACAGAGAAGGAGGCCUUGAUGUCCGAGCUGAAGGUGCUCAGUUACCUGGGGCACCACAUGAACAUUGUGAACCUGCUGGGAGCCUGCACUGUGGGAGGGCCGACUCUGGUGAUCACAGAAUACUGCUGUUUUGGGGACCUGCUGAACUUUGUGAGGAGAAAGAGAGACAUGUUCCUGUGCUCCAAGCUGGGAGAAGAUCGUUAUUACAAGAACAUCCUGAUACAGAGGGAGGGUAGCAGUGAUGAUAACUGGAAUGGCUACAUGGCCAUGAAGCCCUCUGUCCACGGCACCCCACAGCAAGGGUACCCUACAAAGCAGCCCCGCACAGGCCGGAAAGGAGGCGGAGCCUGUGGCGACAGGUACGUCUUGAGUGAAGCACCCGAGGAGGAUGUGAUGUCACUGGAUACGGAGGAUCUGCUCAGCUUCUCCUACCAGGUUGCAAAGGGCAUGGACUUCCUGGCCUCCAAAAACUGUAUCCACAGAGACCUGGCCGCCCGGAACAUUCUCCUGACGCAGGGACGAGUAGCUAAGAUCUGUGACUUCGGUCUGGCCAGAGACAUCACCACUGACUGCAACUACGUGGUGAAAGGCAAUGCUCGGCUUCCUGUGAAGUGGAUGUCCCCGGAGAGCAUCUUCGACUGUGUGUACACGCUGGAGAGCGACGUCUGGUCCUAUGGAAUCCUGCUCUGGGAAAUAUUCUCUCUUGGAAGUAGCCCAUACCCAGGGAUACCUGUGGACUCCACCUUCUACAAGAUGAUCAAGGAUGGAUACAGGAUGAGCCAGCCAGAGUUUGCACCCAGUGAGAUGUAUGAUGUCAUGAAGUCUUGCUGGGAGGCGGAGCCACUGAGGAGGCCUGGGUUCGGGAAGAUUGUGGAGCGGAUUGAGCGGCAGCUGUCAGACAGCACCAAACAUAUUUACCUGAACUUCAGCAGCAGGUUCUGUGCGCGGGACGAGCAGAACCCUCACUUCCUGCGCCUGAGCUCGGUGGGGAGCAGCACGGCGUCCACACGCCCCCUGCUGGCUGCCGACGACGUGUUCCUGGAUGAGCCACAGACCCUGGCGGUCUGAGGCUCCCUCUACCCCCCCUACAGCCCCACCCCACCCCUACCCU